AUGUCGGUGGUGUGCCCGACAUUGUUGAAUCUUGUAGGAUCCCGUGUCAUACGUGGCCCCAGCUGGAAAUGGAACAAGCAGGACGGAGGAGAAGGCUUUUUAGGAACAGUCAGGAGUUUUGAAUCUCACGAAGAAGUUGUCGUUGUUUGGGACAACGGAAUAGCAGCCAAUUAUAGAUGUUCCGGUCAAUAUGAUUUACGUGUUUAUGACAGUGGACCAACUGGACACACUAAGCAUGAAGGGGUUGUGUGUAACUCAUGCAAACAGACACCUAUCAUCGGACAUCGUUGGAAAUGUAUGAACUGUCCUGGCAAUGAAGUUUCAAGUGAUAGUUCUGUCGAUUUGUGCUUUAUGUGUUAUCAUGGUGACAAACACAAUGUUCGACAUAGGUUUAUAUUGAUCCAAAAUCCUAUACCAAAAGAAUUAUUAAAAGAUCCUCGAAGUCUCGGUGAAAAUCCAGUUGUAUUAGAUCAAAGGAAAAAAUCUAAGAAAAUAACAUUGCGUGGUAUAUUCCCUGGGUCACGUGUUGUGCGCGGUGUUGACUGGCAAUGGGAUGAUCAAGAUGGAGGAUCUGUUAGCCAGAAGGGUUUGAACAAUGCUGUCUCUCAAACAGUCAUUAAACGUGGAAAAGUGUGUGAAAUUCAAGACUGGUCUGCCAUGACCGGCAGUGUUCGCUCGGCCGCCUAUGUCCAAUGGGAUAUUAAUGGUAAUACAGCUGGGUGUGUCAAGAACUUGUACCGCGUCGGAUUUGAAGGAAUGUCGGACUUGAAAUGUGUGUCUCCAUCCAAAGGACCUACAACCGUGUACAGAGACCACCUGCCAUUGUUAGGCCAACACCAGCACCAACAGCGGAAUGACCAGUAUAGGCAAGGAGCGCUAAGUUUAAAUCAUCUACACAACCAACUACAAUACCAACAGCUAGAAAUUGGUGAUCGGGUAAGAGUUGAUCUGGAAUUGGACGUUGUACGAGCUAUGCAACAAGAUCAUGGUGGAUGGACAGAAGGCAUGUAUGAAGAAUGUUUGGGAGGCGGAGUUAUAGAAAGUGCUUCUAUUGGAUCGGUGGUUGGCAUUGAUGAAGAUCAUGACGUCGUUGUUCUAUAUCCAAGUGGCAACAGAUGGACAUUUAACGCGGCCGUACUUACAAAAGUUGUUGGACUUAGUGAUAAUCCUGUGGCAGGCAGUUCCAAUUUAGCUGUAAGCUCAUCAUAUAAUGAACAUGUUAUCAGAGUAGGGUCAACUGUAAAGAUAUCUAGUGAUGUGGAAUUUGUUCGUCGAUUGCAAAAAGGCCAUGGAGAAUGGGCAGACGCCAUGUCUAUGACUUUGGGUGAAGUUGGCUAUGUGCAACAAGUGUAUGAUGAUGGUGACCUCAAGAUAGUUGUAUGUAACACUUCGUGGACUUAUAAUCCAAGAGCGGUUACUCUACUUAAUAAUAAUGGUACUGAAGCAUAUCGAGAUGAAACUCAAAACGAUAGACGACUAAGAUUAGCUCGUGAGAGAGAUUUAAAGGGACGUGAGCUGGUAACGUCGGCAGCAAAUGGUGAUGUCCAAAACUGUCGUAGAAUUUUGGAGAAGGAAAGACAAAGGAAUAUGAAUGAUAAGCCAACUGCUGAGGAGAUACUGACAAACUUUGUGAGUAGCGGGCACACAUCUCUGCAGGCCGCUGCUCAAAAUGGUCAUGUUAAUGUUUGUCGAGUGUUAAUUGGAGAGUUUGGUGCAGAUGUCGAAUUUCAGGACAGAGAUGGUGAUCGUGCUAUUCAUCAUGCUGCAUUCGGUAACCAGCCACGAGUGGUGCAUGUGCUAUGCGUUGUUUUUGAUGCUGAUGUAAAUGCGCGUAAUAAACGAGGACAAACUCCUCUACACAUUGCUGUUAACCGUGGGUAUGCUGACGUGUGCCGCAUUCUAUUGCGCCUCAACUGCUUGCCAAACCUACAGGAUAACGAGGGUGACACACCACUACACGAUGCCAUAUCUCGAAGACGCGAUGACCUUGUAGCCAUGUUGAUGGAAGGUGGAGGUGGAAGUAUUGUCACCUGUAAUAUACCUUCAAGUACUGUGGCCACCAAUGUUUUAAGUGGAUGCGAACGUGCGUAUGACCGCUCAGGGCCUAAGAUUGGGCAAGUUCCUGAAUCUCGGACUUUGCUCAUGAAUAAUUCAAAUGCCAAUAUUGCUGCCAUUGCUUCUAUAACUCCUAAGGAUGACAAUGUUGCAAAUGCUACGACCGAAGUGGAAAACGAAAUAAGUACGUUGUCAAUAAGGAGUGGUCAAGAAGAUGGUGCCGCUGGUUGUUCUGCUGCCACAGCAUGUUUUUCCUCCGAUGAAACUUCCAAAUCCAUGGAAACAAGUGUAAGUGCUAUCACAACUGCUGAUACAGACCUUGGAUUUCCAGCUAUUGGAUCACCGUCUGCUGAUCUCAUGGUGGUUAACACAAACGGUUUUAACCCUCUGCAGCACGCAGCACUACGUGGUAAUCCUGGAGCUACCGCCAUCAUGUUGGACUGGAUCGCCACAAACGGCGGCCAUCGCUACUGGAUCGUGGAUGAGCCCAAGGACGAUGGAUACACCGCCCUGCAUUUGGCUGCUCUCAACAAUCACAACCGUGUGGCGUCAUUGCUGUUGAUCCGUGGGCGGGCCGACCCAAACAAACGAAACGUCAACAAGCAAACAGCACUUCACCUGGCCGUGGAACGCCAGCACGCAGAUAUCGUCAAGCUCCUAGUUCACCACUCCGCUGACCCGAAUAUCCCCGAUAAGGACGGCGACACGCCCAUGCACGAGGCUUUGCGACAUCACACGUUGCUACAGAUCAAGACGGUCGGCACACCACCCCCACCUGGCGUGGGCUUGGGAAACAGCCCUAGGGAUCCCAACACAAAGUUCCGGUCAGACGGCGGUGGUGGCAUAUCGCUGCGAAACAUUCUCGCCGGCAACAGGGUCAUACGUGAUUACCGGGAACUAUCAGACGACUUUGAAAGCGGAUAUUCAGAAGUCAGCCGUACUGUUACAAGCCUUCCAUGUCCCGUUGAACAGGCGAGGGAACUUUGGGCAGCCAAGGGUCCCGCUUACUUGGAAAUUUUCGCUUCGCCGGUGUCCUCGGUUCAAAGAUUGAUGGCAGAGCUCCUUGGGGCAGCCGAAGAGUUUAGACGUUUACGCAGAAGUUCCAGCAGUGACAACGAAGCUGAUGACAAUAAAGACAGCGAUCUUACUACAAUAGAUACCGUGCCCGGCUUGAACGAGCCACCCCCGAUCAAAACUAAUAAAUCGAAGAAAGUGAUUAACCGCCGUCGGAUAAAGAAAUCUCCAGUGCGAACUAUUCGCCAGCAGACCGUUGACGAUCAAACCGGUCCGCGAUUAGCCGGAGAGGCACGUGCCGCUGCCCUCGAAGCCGCCAUGGCUCUUUCCGGUAAUAGUAUGCCGGAUGAUGGUGGACGACCAGGACCAAGUUCCGAUCAUAACAUGGCCGGAGAAGAGCGUUCGGGCGUUCAAACUGCGGUUUCUGGACCGGGAAGAAAUAUUUUCGGACGGCCCGUGCAUGGCCCGGUAUCAAUAUCUGCACCCGCCUCCCCAAGCAAUGGAAAUGUGAUUCCACCACCACCGAGUGCCACCGUAAUUGUUUGCGUACUCGCCGGCACCGGUCGCGCUGAUUUAUGGUUGCGCAACAACCGUGGGCAAACGCCGUUGGAUCUUUGCCCUGCCGACCAGCCUUUGCGCCUCGCUCUGAUCAAGUGCUGUGACGCUGCCGCUAAAGCUCACAACGUUCAAACUACUACUACCACCGCCACCGCUGUGGGUGAAACAGAUAGUUCCAGUGCACUGACUCUUUCCGAUGAACGUCCUCAGCAAUCCCAACUGAUGCUUCAUAACAUGCCACCAGACUACUCGACCAAAGCACCGUAUCAUGAUGCGUACGCCUCAUUGAUGUCGAAAGAGCCAGACCCCCCAAAAGAGUGCUCCAAGACAUUUGCUACUCGAAGUGAUUCAGAAUUUCUUAAAAUUCCAUCAACAAUCUCAAAACGUUUUAUGAACGCUGGGCUUCCUCCUCCGCCGCCAACUAUGAUGAGGCUAGAUGAUAAUACUCCGUCGGUGCUUUUACAUGAGCCUGAGCCUUUCAGACUCGGUGUAACAAGUACUUCUAGUGGAAUAGUGGAUAAUAACUUAAUGAGAAGAAUAGACGAUGACGUUGACAGCAAUGACCCGGAACCUAAUUUUAUGGACGACAACAGUACUUUAAACAUCGCUAGUAAUGCUAACGGCAGCAUAGUGGUUGAUAAUUCUAAUAAUAGCAGAGCACCUACUGAACGCGAUCGUAUGGACAUAGCUGCUGGUGUAAGCAACAAUAGCAAACCUUCCACUUCAUGUGAUCUGUCAGUUAUAAAUAACACAAUGUCCCGUUCACGAGACAAGCGAACGAAUGAGUUGGAACAGGAGAAGAUUGACAUUGCAAACGCUCCAGUACCGGAAGAACGGCAAAACUCUCCCAUGGAUGUGGCGGCGGCAAACCCUCCCGAUGUUCUAGAGCCGGGACUAGUGGAAAAACUCAUGCAGCAGUUGAGUGAUCUCAAGGAAAUGAAUAUGUGCCCUGUGUGUUUGGAUCGAUUAAAGAAUAUGGUGUUUAUGUGCGGACAUGGAACGUGCCAGCUGUGCGGUGAUCGCAUGGCUCCUGGCCAACCUUGUCCUAUUUGCCGUAAACCAGUUGCACACAAAAUAUUAUUGUAUUAG